CAGGUCAUAGUUUCUUAUCUUGCUGUAUUAAAUUAAUUUUGUGAAAAACAGAGAACAAUGAAUAGGCAUUUUCUUUACAUAUUUUUCUGUGUAAAUAUUGUUAUAUUUGUUGGAUUUGAAACGGUCAUAGCCUUGAACCAUGAAAUGGUCAAGUCCACUUCAGAGUCGUCGGAGGAUAGUGCACUUCUGGGCUUCAAGAAAGCAGUUAUCCAAGAAUUACAAGAGAUGAAAGGUGAAAUGCUCCUCCUAAAAAUGGAAAACGAAGAAAAGGACUCCAAAAUUAAAAACCUAGAGCAAAAAGUAGCCAAUCUUGAGAAAGGCCAAAGGCACAGUGUAAUUCGUGGUCGGAGAGGAAUGUUUCAGAAUAUAGCAUUUACAGCUUACCUGGACCACAGCGAACACAAUCUAACACAGGAUCAACCGAUAAUUUACAACAAGGUACUGCUCAAUGACGGUGGUGGAUAUAAUACAAACACGGGGAUGUUCACGGCCCCUGUUGCUGGAGUCUAUCUGUUCUCGUACUCCGUAGGGGCCAAGGUGAUUCCAGAUGUGCAUCUGUCACAAUAUGAUGUGUUCACCAGAUUGAUUGUUGAUGGAGUUCAUCAGUUGUCGGCAGUUGCUGAGAGCACAAGUACCUGGGAUGACGAACAAGGCAGUACCACAGCCAUUGUGUACGUACCAGAUGGCGCUACAGUGUGGACCAAACAUGAAUUCAAGGGAGGUAAUAAUCUGUACUCUGCCGAAUUUGAAAGAAUCACUUCCUUUGCCGGAACCUUGCUAUAUGAAAAGGAGCCUGUGGAUAAUUCUGGAAUAAUCGGUUGACUUUAAAUUUAAGCGAAUUAUUUGAUCAUGCACAUGAAUAAACAGGUUAUCUGUU